UUUAGCUUCGCCGCCAAUGACGUAGGCGUGACUGCGUGAUGACGUACUUCCGGUUCGACGUCAAGCUCGCACACUGCGUGACAGUUUUAGGGCACGAGCCGGACCAAAAAACAAACAAACCAAAACGUCGGACGCCGGGUUCAUAAAGUCGUCAAAACAAGGCACACAAUGUCUUUUAUAUUUGACUGGAUCUGCAGAGGCUUCAGCAGCGUCUUGUCACUUUUAGGAUUGUACAAGAAGACCGGCAAGCUGGUGUUCCUCGGACUAGACAAUGCGGGCAAAACGACGCUCCUGCACAUGCUCAGAGAUGACAGGCUGGGACAGCACGUCCCCACGCUACAUCCAACGUCGGAGGAGCUGACCAUCGCUGGAAUGACAUUUACCACAUUCGACCUUGGAGGACACACGCAAGCUCGACGGCUCUGGAAAAAUUACCUCCCAGCCAUAAAUGGUAUCGUCUAUCUGGUGGAUUGUGCUGAUCACGAGCGACUAGAAGAAGCUAAAGUAGAGCUGGAUGCUCUUUUAACGGAUGACACCAUCUCAAACGUCCCGGUUCUCAUCCUGGGGAAUAAAAUCGAUCGUCCGGAGGCCGUCAGCGAGGACGCGCUCCGAGGGAUGUUCGGUUUGCAUGGACACACGACAGGAAAGGGCAAAGUUUCCCUGAAAGAGCUGAAUUUGAGGCCAAUGGAGGUUUUUAUGUGCAGCGUGCUGAAGAGGCAAGGAUACGGAGAAGGCUUUCGCUGGCUGUCUCAAUACAUUGACUAACUCAAAGUAUAUUCACACUUCUUCUGAUUUACAAAAACAAAACAAAACUACCUGCUCCACAGAGAUAUUUUAUCGAUAUGCUUUAACGAUUGUGCCAGUUAGGCAUGCAAUAAAAGGAAAUACCGUAUUUUUCGGAGUAUAAGUCGCACCGGAGUAUAAGUCGCACCUGUCGAAAAUGCAUAAUAAAGAAGGAAAAAAACAUAUAAGUCGCAUUGGAGUAUAAGUCGCAUUUUUGGGGGAAAUUUAUUUGAUAAAACCCAACACCAAGAAUAGACAUUUGAAAGGCAAUUUAAAAUAAAUAAAGAAUAGUGAACAACAGGCUGAAUAAGUGUACGUUAUAUGAGGCAUAAAUAACCAACUGAGAACGUGCCUGGUAUGUUAACGUAACAUAUUAUGGUAAGAGUCAUUCAAAUAACUAUGACAUAUAAAACAUGCUAUACGUUUACCAAACAAUCUGUCACUCCUAAUCGCUAAAUCCCAUGAAAUCUUAUACGUCUAGUCUCUUACGUGAAUGAGCUAAAUAAUAUUAUUUGAUAUUUUACGGUAAUGUGUUAAUAAUUUCACACAUAAGUCGCUCCUGAGUAUAAGUCGCACCCCCGGCCAAACUAUGAAAAAAACUGCGAUUUAUAGUCCGAAAAAUACGGUAGUUUUAUUUUGAAGUACCAGUGCUAUUCAGAUGAACUGUAGGGAAUGAUCUUCUUGCUGUGGUUUCUAGCUUUGGGUGCCAUAAGGAACGUGUCAUCGCGUCGAGUCAGUUUCUGACCUGGGCUUAUUUUUAGCAGCUGGUGUUGACUUACACUGAAGGUCAGUUUGUGUAAAGUUUUGCGGAUGGUCUUAGUCCUCUUUGAAGACAUGCAAUAGUGUAUUUGAAACACACGCUUAACUGUGUACCAGCUAAUAUUUGUCAACAUGAAAUGGAUGGAAUUUUUUGGGGGGUAUUUUAAAACAGGGUUUGCCACUGAAAGUGCUUUAAGUGUGAGAUUCACUACUAAAGAACAGUGUUUAGCUGCAUAACUGCAGUCUAGGAUGACUGGAUCGAUUUGUGAUAUUUUCAUGAUGGGGAUUUGUUAUGAAAGACUGGAGUACUUUGUGAUUAGUAGCUGCGCACAGCAUGCAGUGAUAUUAUGAGAGUACUUCCUCAGUGCUUCACAUGGGUGACACAAAGUUACACAUGCAACAGUAUCUUUUUCUAUAUAUUAUUUUGUAAAAAUGCUAUAUUUAUAAGUUAGUUCUGAAGCAACCAAGCUGUUACAAAGGGUGAUUGUCAGGUGAGAUGUGAAUAAAGACUUUCUACAAUAAUUGAUUUUAUCCUUUUAUCUUAAAUGAUCUUAAAGUUGUAAAAUGUGUGUAUGUUAUAUUAUAAAGCAAAUGCAGUAUAUGUAAAGGUAAUAAAACGGAAGUCCCG